AUGCUCACAGUUCUAGGAACGCCAGAAGCAAUAGGAGGCAAAUCAGUCAACUGGCCGUCGCAAAACGCGGAAGCUCUCCAGGAAGGCUCUGAGGCACAAAUCGGCUCACAAUUGUUUAUUACACAAAAGGACUUCGGAACGCUCUGGUCGCAAUCUCAAGGUCUACAAGCCCAGAGCGAGAUCCGAAUGCAAAAUGAAACUGAAGAGCAAGUUGUCGUCGAGCCAUCUAUUUCAGUGACAAAUCAAGUCAAUCAUAAUAUUGGUAAGACGAUCCGAAUCACCUUCUACUUUUUUGUGAAGCAAUAG